AUGGUACACCUUGUGGCUGUACCCGAGUCAAUCACAGCAAGUGGCUGUGCUUGUGUCUUUAUUGACACCAUCUUCCGACUUCAUGGGUUGCCCCGUGAACUCGUAUCAGACAGAGAUCCACGAUUCACUGCUGAUUUCUGGCGUUCCGUGUUCAAAUCACUCGGAACGCGCUUGAAGAUGUCGACAUCUGAUCAUUCAGAGUCAGAUGGUCAGACGGAACGUGCCAAUCGUGUCCCUGAAGAGAUACUUCGAGGAUACGUACACUCCUUUAAGAGUUGGGGUGAGUUUUUGCCAAUGGUAGAGUUUGCCAUCAAGAACUCGGUGCAUGCGUCCACGACACAUACACCGUUUUACGUGAAUGGCUUACGCCAUCCGCAUGUACCCACCUUACUAGAGUGUAACUCUGGUUUGAAGGGGGGAGGGACUCGCGCGAGCAAAAGCCAAUUUGGUUCACGCUCAUCACGCUCUGACGAAGAAGUCAUUGCGUUUGAUGCCGAUAUCGAUAACAUCGAUAUCGAAGAAGAUGAUGCCAGUAAGAGUGCGGGAAGCCUCACUGAAGAAGAUGAUCCCAGUGAGAGUGCGGAAGCCCUCACUGAAGAAAAGAUUGAUGUUGCUGCAGUGCGCUCACAGCACACUGAAGCUAACGAGUCAUCAGAUGAGUUCAUACUGGCUCGUGAAACGGUAGUCCGUUUUGAGCAAGACUCCAUCGCCGAAGCGGUGGAUAAGCAAAAGCAAAACGCUGACAAGAAUAGGAAGGGGCAAACACUCUUUUAUUUAAUAAAGGUGACUUAG